AUGACACCUGAGAAUAACAGUACUUCCCGUGUGACAGAAUUUAUACUACUUGGAUUUCCAUAUCUUCAGGACUACUCACUUGCAUUGUUCUUCAUGUUUCUGCUAAUCUAUAUAAUUAUCAUCACGGGAAAUACUGCCAUCCUUGUUGCAGUGACAAGAGCUCAGAGGCUGCAUACACCUAUGUAUUUUUUCCUCAGCAACUUGGCUAUAGUUGAUAUAUUACUUACAAAUACAACUAUUCCAAAGAUGCUUUCCCUGUUUCUGCACAAUGCCAAUACAAUUUCAUUUAGUGCAUGCUUCAUUCAAGUGUAUAUUUUACAUUCAUUAGGUGUGACAGAAGGCUUGCUUCUUGUGGUUAUGGCAUAUGAUCGCUAUGUAGCCAUAUGCAAUCCAUUACGAUAUACUGUAAUCAUGUCCAACAAAGUUAACAUUUUGAUGACAGCAACAAGCUGGAUUAUAUCUUUCAUUAUUAUAGCAGGACCAAUAAUCAAAGCACUAGAAUUACCUUUCUGUGGGCCUAACAGUAUAAAUCAUUGCUUCUGUGAUCACUUGUUUGUUAUAAGAUUAGCAUGUGCAGACAUAUCACUUCACACAUAUAUUGGUUUCUCUAUUGCAAUGGCAGUUGCUAUAGUUCCCCUCACUUUAGUUGGAUACUCAUACAUUAAAAUUAUCAAGUCUGUAUUAAAUAUAUGUUCUUCUGAGGAUCGCUGGAAGGUGUUUUCCACUUGCAGCUCUCACUUGAUGGUUGUAGUUAUAUAUUAUUUAUCCAUUGGUGUUACAUAUAUAUCUUAUAGAGUUGAAGGGAGUAGUGAUGAAUUCCAUGCUAUUGGUACAGUGUUUUUCACAAUUCUGACUCCUAUGUUAAACCCUAUUAUUUAUACUUUAAGAAAUAAAGAUGUUAAGGACACUCUUAUGAAAAUGUUUAUAGUAAAACUAAGUUAG